CCGCCAUCCGUCCUCGCCCUCGCGUUAUUCGUUCACGACCACGCCCACUUCUUCCUCACCGUCCUCGUCUUCGUCGUCGUCAGCACAGCCGUUGCCGCCUCCGCCGCGACAUCCGGCGUCGGGGAGCCAGGGUCAUCCGGCGUCGGGGAGUCCGGCGGCGCGUUUCGCACCGGCGUCAGCAUCGGGAUCGGGGUCGGGGUCGACCUCAACAUACCCGCCGACAGGAGCAUCGGCGUCGGGGUCGGGGUCAGCAUCCACAUCCACAUCGGCGUACCCGCCGACAGGAGCAUCGAGGUCCCCUGCACCCUCGCCGUCGCCCGCUCCGUCCGCUACGACGACAACGACAACAACGACGGCGUAUCAUACGCCCAGUCAGAGCCCGAGUCCGAGCCCGACGCCAAGUCCUGGUCCUGGUCCAAGUCGACUCCCAGCUCACAGUCAACCCCCGGCUCACAAUCAACCCCCGGCUCAAUUCUCAGGCCAUCCAGGUCAAAUUCCAGGUCAUACCGAAUCCACAAACCCCCUCCCAACCCCAAGCCCACAAUACGGCAUCCGCGAUCUUCCCGAACGGUCGAGGUCGUUGAUCGAUAGACAUAAAGCGAGACAUAGACGGGAUGGCGCGAGUUCGGCGAGUUCGGCGUCUUUUGGGGAUGAGGAGGGGGAUGAGGAGGAGGGUGAUGGGUGUGGACGUGAAUACGGGGGACAGGAUGGGGAUGGAAGGGAUGGAGGGGAUAAAAUGGAUGGAAGGGAUAAAAUGGACGGAAGCGGUAGGGGAGAAGGAUGGGAUGCGAGAGGGGAAAGGGAUGUGUUAGGUCCGGCGAGGGGGAUGGGAAGACGGGUUACGGUCGAUGAUGCACAAAUACAGACGCAGACGCAGGGCCAAGGUCAGAAUCUACCGCCGAUGAGUCCGUUCGCGUCGUCGGGUCCGGGUGCUACGCCACAGCAACAGUUUCAACAACAACAGCAGCAACAACAACAACAACAACAACAACAACAACGCUGGCCGACGAACGUCCCCCCUCUCCCCCGCGCACCAGGCACGCCGUCGACCUCGAGGACCCCGAGUCCGACACGAGGCAUGGCGUCGUCUGGUCGUGCGCUUCCUGCUCCGAGCACUCCGAACAAGCAGAGGCUCCCGUUCAAUAUACCCUCGCCUGGUAUAUUUGGCGCGUUUCAGGAUGGUUCGAAUGCGAAUGCGAAUGGGUAUCCGAACGCGAAUGGGCAUGGGCAGACGAAUGGGCAGACGACUCCGACGACACCAACCCGUCCAACUCCUACCACUCAGAUUUCGACGACGACGACGAUGGCACAGGGCAAGGGAAUAGGUGGGGGAAGUAGGACGCGAGUCCCGGCGAAUUCCAACUAUCCUAUAGAUCUGGACGACGCGCCGCCGCGUCCUGUGGCGUCGCGGACGCCUUCGCCUGCCCCUGUGGCUUCGGGUUCGGGGUCGGGUGCGGGUUCGGGUUCGGUUCCACAUUCUUAUAACCAUAACGGCAGUGGUAGUGGUAGGACGAGCACACCACAGGCGCAGGGACUCGGCUCGAAUAUGAAGGGCGGGGGAAGACCGUUGCCUUCUACUUCGGGUGUUGUGUCUGCGUCUGCAGGUCCGUCGGGUUCGUCGGUGCAUGCUCAUCCUCAUGCGUCGGGUUCGGGUUCGUCGUCGAUGCCACAGAGCGCGGGUGGGAUGAAGAGGAAGGCGGUCCCUGAGCUUCCUGCGUCUCAACCUCAAACUCAACCUCACGUCUCUGGCUCCAGUUCAGGCUCUGGUUCAGGUUCUGGCUCGGCGGCAGGGUCAGGGUCUAUCCCGAAGAUCAACAUCCCCGGUAUGCCUGAUGACGAUGAAGAGGAUUGGAGAGGAGGCCCACAGAUCAACGUGUCUGGGAUUCCGAAGAUUAAUAUUCCUGGGAUGCCAGACGACGACGACGAUGAGGGGCCCGGGAUUCCGUCGAUCAACGUCGGUGGGAUCGACGAGCCUUCCGCGUCUUCUAACCGGCGUCCACAUCCCUCUCACUCUCACGCCCCUCAGCCUCCACCCCAUGUUCAGCAGAACCAACCUCAAUCAACAACACCAUCCACCACCCCCUCCAAACGCGGCCUCGCCUGCGAAGGCUGCCGCGGCGCGAUCGUCGGGCGGAUCGUGAGCGCGAUGGGGAAGCGGUGGCAUCCUGCGUGUUUUAAAUGUAACGAGUGCGGGGAGUUGUUGGAGUAUGUGAGUUCGUACGAGGGUGGCGGGAAGGCUUGGUGUCAUUUUUGUUAUCAUGAGACCUACGCGCCGAAAUGCUAUCACUGCAAGACGGCGAUCGUCGACGAACGGUUCAUCACGCUCGACGACCCCGAGCUCGGGAAACGGACGUAUCACGAACAACACUUCUUCUGCUCCGAAUGCGGCGAUCCUUUCCUCAACCCGAAACACCACGGCGCCGCAGGUGGUGGUGGUGGGGGUGGUGGAUUGACGUUCACGGGCGACGGAGCGUUCGAGGACGACGACGUCGGCUUCACUGUGCAUAACGGAUAUCCGUACUGCGAGGCGUGUCAUGUGAGACUGCGGAGCCCGAAGUGUAAGAGGUGUAGGAGGCCGAUUAGGGCGGGGGAUGAGGCGGUGGAGGCGUUGGGGGGGAAGUGGUGUUGGGGGUGUUUUGUGUGUGCGAGCUGCGAGCGGCCGUUUGAGGAUCCGUCGUUCUUCGUGAGGGAUAAUAAUCCGUUCUGCGAGCCUUGCUUUAGUGUGAUUAUUAAGAGCGAGAUGUGAUCGUUUGUUUUCUGUAUCGAUAUCCGUCGCUCGUGCGCGCUCUUUCGUUUCUCUUUCUUGUUGGAUUUGUGUCUUAUGAUCUGUCGUUCUUACCCGACCUUUCUUACCGUCUCGAUUUAUUCUUGUGAUCUAGACACGUACUCCCGUCGUAAUUAUUUAUCUGUUUCCUCUUUUGCUACCGGCCUAUUGUACCCUAGCUUGCUCUCAGAUCCUACUGGUAUUCACCACUCAGUACUGUUAACCUCACUGCGUGUUAUAUAUUGUUCAAUACUGUACUUAUGAACUUACGAAUACGCGAUGUUCUUGCUCUUGUUCUCUUGCACUUCCUCCAUGGAUCUUGUACGUCUAAUGAAUAUAUAAAUGUGCGAAGG